CAGGAAAUGCUGAGUGCGGUGUUCUAUUCUUUCUUUGCGUCAUCCAAGUCUCUAAUCGACUAUCUCACAACCCACGAAAAGUGAAAAGGGAAAAAGGAAAUUGAUUCGCGCUCUUGCUCCACUAUGCGUGGGAUAUGCGAGUCGCUUUUAGAAGCAACCGAUAGUUUGACCAUUUCCAGUGUUCGAGCUGUGGUUUCUUCAACAUCUUGUAGAGGUGCGCCAGUUAUGACCGUUACACCAGUACAAAUCCGCUUGAUUGGAGUGGGUUUGGUCCUUGUUGUCUGCAAUGUGUUGUACAUUAACUGGGUUCUGCUGUCAAAGCCACAUCCAGACUCUCCCCCACAGGAAUCAAAAAAAGCCCACUUGUCUCUCAGAGCUUCCAAGGACAGCAGCUACACCAGCGAGCUGGGCGCGGUGAGGUGGGAGCGGGAUGCCGUCGUGGGCGUGGGCAUGAGGCUGGAGGCCGGCGUGGGCAUGAGGCUGGAGGCCGGCGGCACGCAGAUCGUGGCAGACGUGGCCGGGCUUUACGUGGUGUUUGUGCAGGCCGUCUUCUACCUGAACAAGACGGCGGUGGAACUGAGCCAGAGGGACGACAAUGGCGACGCCAGCGGGGUGAUCCGACUGCGGCUUCAGCUCAACACCAACGAGUCGGAGAGCUGGUCGGAGAGCGAGCUGGUGGCCGCAUGGGAGGAGCUGACGGUGAAGGAUCUCCGCGACGAGCAGAUCGCGCGGCUCAGCUUCAUGACGCAGGUGGAACUGCGGAGGCAUCAGUACGUGCUGGUCAAGGCCAAACACCUGGACAAGCUGAACUACGACGAGCCCGUCUCCACCACCCUCUCCAUCUACUGGAUAGACCAGGUGGACACGGCAGACAGGGGCGGCAGGAGGACGCGGCGGGCGGUUGGGGAGAGAGGAGGCCGCCAUGCCCGACCCCCAGUGGCAACAGCAGGACGCACCAGGCGGUAGGGGACAGAGCCGUGCCCGACCCACAGCGCCCUCUCCUGGCCUGGCGGCGACCCUGUGAGAUGAGAGGGGCUAAAAUGACUUCCACCUCAGGCAACACAUAGCAAAGACAUGUACAUUUUCAUCACCAGCCAAAAUGACCAAUCCAUGGAAAUCUUACUAGCCACUCAUGACUGGGGUCGAGGUGGCUUGUAAGUUGGUGUUUUCUACCAGCCAAACAGAAAUUUCACCAGGUUGGCUGGUGUUGAUUUAGAGCCCCCUUCAGCCAGCACAUAAAGCAAAGGUAUCAUGUACAUGUCAAUGCACUCUACAUAUCUAUGAUGUGCAGCACUGUGGUCUUCUCAUCUGCUCAAUGGAAAGACACCAAAUGG